AUGUCACGGAGAAGAAGAAGAAAUAGUUUUACAUAUGUCAGCCCAUGUGUUAAAUACAUGAUAUUUCUUUUGAAUUUUGUUUUUUGGUUAUUAGGAGGAUUACUAAUUGGAGUUGGAUUGUACACUUUUGUUGAUAAAUGGCAAGCAACGGGAUUGGUCAAAGUUGAAACAAUCUACGAUAUAGUUUUAAACAUUUCUUUAGUUAUAAUUAUUGCUGGAGGAGUUAUUUUUAUUGUAUCAUUUGCUGGAUGUGUGGGUGCACUUAGAGAAAAUACAUGUCUUUUAAAAUUCUAUUCCCUUUGUUUACUUAUAUUUUUCCUAUUGGAAAUGGCCAUUGCUGUAAUAGGAUUUGUUUUUCCACACACAUUACACAGCAUGCUAGAAGAAAAUUUAACUGAUAAAAUAAUACACAGUUACCGAGAAGAUCUUGAUUUGCAAAAUUUUAUCGAUUUUGCACAGCAAAAGUUUCAAUGUUGUGGUUUGAGUUCGGAAGGUUACAUUGAUUGGUCUAAAAACGAAUACUUUAAUUGUUCGUCUAAAAGCGUGGAAGGAUGCGGAGUACCAUUUUCAUGUUGCAUAAACGCCACAAAUAUUUUUAGUGGAUUAGUUAACAUAAUGUGUGGAUACACAGUUCAAGAAUUAAGCGUUGCAGAAGCGAGUAAAAAAAUAUGGACUUCGGGAUGCAUUGAAAGUGUUCGAUCGUGGGGAGAAAGAAAUCUUUACACUUUAGCCGGUGUGGCUUUAGGAGUUGCCUUAUCACAACUGUUUGUCAUUUAUUUGGCUAAAACAUUAGAAGGACAAAUUGAUAUGCAAAAAGCAGGUUGGGAUACAUGA